UGUGAUGAUGAUCUACAUGUGUUUUCAGACACAGGUGGAAGUUAUCCGUCAUCCUGUCUAUCGUCCUUUUUCAACACAAGUGGAGUGCACAAAAUACAAGUGCCGGGAAUUGAUCCAUUCAAAGUCUACUGUGACAAUUGCAUUGCCGGCUUUGGCUGGCUGGUCAUACAAAGGCGGCUGAAUGGCAGCUUGAAUUUCUUUCGAAAUUGGGCGGAGUACAAGCAGGGAUUUGGUGAUCUCAACGGCGAGUUCUUCAUUGGCCUGGAGAAACUGCGCGCGAUAACGGCGAUGGAACCCUUUGAGCUUUACAUUGCUCUCGAGGACUUUGAUGGUGCGAAGCGUUAUGCGAAAUUUGAUGAAUUUGCCAUUGGCAGCGAACAGGAUGACUAUGCACUCAACAUGCUGGGUGACUAUUCGGGAACAGCGGGAGAUUCAUUGCGAAGUCAUCGCAAGAUGAAGUUCUCUACCUACGAUCGGGAUAAUGAUCGGGAGUUUCAUCGCAACUGUGCAUUUCUCCAUGUCGGCGCCUGGUGGUAUAACAGUUGUGUCGAUAGCAAUCUCAAUGGUCAAUAUAUCAAGGGCGGCAAAUACGAGGAGAAGCUCUUCGCUCGGGGCAUGUGUUGGAGAGCUUGGCGUGGUCACAACUAUGGAUACAGAUUCACUCAAAUGAUGAUCCGACCCAAGUGCCGUAAUUUUCCUACUGUCCCUCAUGGCAAUACGACAGCAUCAAAAGAAUGUGAAUCAUUUUAAUACUCGCCAUUAUUAAUUUUCAUUCAUUGUAGCAUUUGGUCGGCGAGAAUUCGAGAGUACUAUGUAUCUCUAUUAAUAUGCAAAAUGUGUUUUAUUUAUAUUCGAAAAAGUUUGUCUUGCGAUUUAAAAAAAUUAGCUAAAACCUUUUGCGCAUUUCCUGAACAAAUAAAUAUUUCUAUAGU